AUGGGACACGGAAAUUCUGACAAACUCUAUAUCACCCACGCAGAACACGCAGGCUACUUUGGAAACCACUCUGCGUCGGCGGGAUACAGGGCCAAGGCAGACCCAGGUCAUCCAGGCGCGAGGACUCCGUUCGACUGCUGCGCUCUUUCAUUUCAACAAUGGACCCACCCCGUAUGCGCUCGUAACCCGGAUGGCACUGGAAACGUCUUCGACUUGGUAAAUAUCAUACCAUGGCUCAAGCAGCACAACAACACCAACCCGAUAACGAAGGAACCUCUGACUCCGGACGACCUUAUUCACCUCCAUUACUCCCGCAAAGAAGCUUCCGGAGAGAUUCAUGAUCCUAUUUCAUUCAAACCCUUCAGUGAACACUCGCACAUUGUCGCUAUCGCCACAACUGGGAACGUGUUUCUAGCAGAGAGUAUUAAAGGAAACAGGGACCUUGUUGCUGACGUGCCGUUCAAGAAACAAGACGUGAUAACUCUACAAAACCCACAUGGUCUUCCACCGUUGUCAGUGGAUAACUCAGCUGCCUCGUCUGCUAAGAAACAAUCUACUCAAGCGGCCCCCACCAAAACAGUUGUCACUCAGUCUGCAGCUGCCUCCACCACCAACAAGACACCCGUUCCAUGGAACAUAUCGCCGUACUCGAGCGGUCUCCCAGGAGCUUCACUGACGUCUACUUCGGUCGACCCUCAAAUAUCUAGUUCCAGCUCCAAACUGUUAUGGGAUGAGGAAGAACUUAUGUUCGAAGAUAUUGCUAAUCCCCCUAAGGGAAAGGGUAAAGAAAAGGAUGUUGGGAAGCGGCGUGCCUAUGUUCGCAUCGUGACCAGCCUUGGUAGUGGCAGCCUGAACCUCGAGUUAUUCUGCGAGAAAGCUCCCAAAACUUGCUACAAUUUCCUCAUGUUGGCACGUGCUGGGAAAUAUGAUAAUUGUCUGUUCCAUCGGCUUGUGCCCGGAUUUAUGAUUCAGACGGGAGAUCCAACCGGCACUGGGGCUGGAGGAGAGUCACAUUGGGGUACACCUUUCCGGGACGAGCACGAUCUCAAGAACGCAGCUAAACAUGACUCCCGGGGCGUUGUUGCAAUGGCUAACAAAGGUGCUGGAACGAACGGGUCUCAAUUCUACGUAACAUUCAAAGCCACACCCAAUCUCGAUAAGAAGCACACUGUCUUUGGGAAACUGGUUGGCGGUGAAGACGUCCUUGAUGCCCUGGAGAAGCUGCCCCUCAAAGACGGAACUGAACGCCCAGCGAAGGCUGUCAGGAUCACGGAGGUCGUCAUAUACCAGGAUCCUUUCGAGGACUACAAGAAAAGACUUGCGAAGAAGCUCGCAAAACGAGCAGAAUCAGAGCAGGCUGGCGAUAAGCGCACACAAAAGAGGGAGGGUGAUGAUAUAAAUUGGUUCGGAAUCAAAGUUGGCGCAGAUGGGAAAGCGGGGGGUCCAGGUGGUGUUAGUGGUGGCGUUGGGAAGUAUCUGAACACGGCUAAGAGACCGUUAGGCGGAGGGCUUGCGGAUAUUGGUGGGGAUGAUGCGAAGAAGAAGCGUAAGAUCGGCUUCGGGGACUUUGAAGGAUGGUGA